AACACGGACACAGAGAACGAGAAAGAGAGCUCUACAAUCAUGGAACUGGAAGCUCAAGGAAACCCCGCCAUGAACAAAGUUUUUCUCAUACUAAGCUGCAUCCUAUUAUCUAUAGGCAAUUGUGGCGGCCCUCUAAUAAUGCGACUUUACUUCAUCCAUGGCGGAAAAAGAGUUUGGUUCUCAAGUUGGCUUGAAACUGGUGGCUGGCCUAUCAUUCUCUUCCCUCUCAUAAUCACAUACUUAAACCGCCGAGCCAAACAAGGCACAACCACCAAGCUCUUCUUCAUGAAACCACCUUUGCUCAUUGCCUCCGCAGUUAUAGGAAUCAUCACAGGCCUUGAUGACUAUCUCUACGCGUAUGGCGUGGCUCGCCUUCCCGUCUCAACUUCUUCUUUAAUCAUUGCCUCACAGCUUGCUUUCACCGCUGCCUUUGCUUUCCUUUUAGUGAAGCAAAAGUUCACUUCCUAUUCCAUCAACGCAGUGGUUUUGCUCACCAUUGGAGCUGGUGUUUUGGCUUUACAUACGAGCAAUGAUCGUCCUAAUGGUGAAUCUAAUAAGGAGUACUUUGCUGGGUUCUUCAUGACACUAGGUGCUUCGGCACUAUAUGGGUUUGUGUUGCCGUUGGUGGAAUUGACCUACAAGAAGGCCAAGCAGGCCAUCACUUAUUCAUUGGUGAUGGAGAUUCAGAUGGUGAUGAGUUUGUUUGCAACUCUUUUUUGCACCAUAGGGAUGCUGAUUAACAAAGACUUCCAGGCAAUUCCAAGAGAAGCGAGGGCAUUUGAGCUCGGGGAAACAAAGUACUACGUGGUGAUAGUGUGGAGUGCAAUUAUUUGGCAGUGUUUCUUCAUGGGAGCAGUGGGAAUCAUCUUUUGUGCUUCGUCUUUGCUAUCUGGAAUUGUAAUUGCGGUUCUACUCCCAAUGACAGAGAUCCUAGCAGUUAUUUUCUUCCGAGAAAAAUUUCAAGCAGAAAAAGGAGUUGCUCUUGCACUUUCUCUGUGGGGAUUUGUUUCAUAUUUUUAUGGUGAGAUAAAAGAUGACAAGAAAAAGAAGCAGAUUCUGAUAAAGACACAAGUACCUCAAGAUAUUCCUAAUCCAUGAUAACAAAACUAGUUGUAUUUCUUGAUUUUUCACAUAUAGUAGGAUAUGUUUGAAGUUUGAAGGUAUUUAAGCAUGGCUUCACUUCACUCGAAUUCGAUAAUAUCACGGGGAAAAAAGCUCUAAAUUUGGCUUGCAUGUGGAAAGUUUCGAAGGUGAUACUUGUGAUGUCCUACUUUGCUUAUCUAAUAUGCAAAUUCAUGCGAUAGCAAGAGUGGUUAAUAGGAUCAAGAUGAAGAAUAUGUACAAUGCAUCUCAAAGCUUUGUGCUGUAUUUGGAAAUUGUUAUACUCUGUUUUUAAUUUAAGAUACACUAUGAAUGCUUGCACUGUUUUACAUGUUGGCUUUGUUUUCAGUGAAGCUGUUUGUUUGUAAAUGUAAUAUGUUGGUUUACUCAAUUUUGAUGAAACAAAAUUCUUCUU